UCUUGAGAAUUCUCCUUAAAUGUGAUAGAUAUGAUUGGCAUACAUGCUAUGGAAUAAUUAAGGGGAUUUGCCAGGAUUUGAAAUACCUCCAGAAUGAAUUAAAGUCUCCUAUUUAUCACUUGGAUUUGAAGCCAGCCAACGUAUUGCUGGAUGAGAACAUGGUUCCCAUAAUUGCAGAUUUUGGGAUGUCAAGACUCUUCGGUGACGAGCAAACACAAUCUACAAAAAGUUCUUUAGGAACAAUUGGAUACUUACCACCCGAAUACAUAUACUAUAAUUUAAUCUCAAAUAAGUUCGACAUAUUCAGUAUGGGUGUUAUAAUCAUGAAGAUAAUGGCAGGACGCGCGGGCUACUUCAAUAGUGCUGACAUGUCUUCCGAGGAAUUCACUAAUCUUGUGCAGGAAAGCUGGACGAACAGGCUACUUGAAACAUCAAAUCUCAGGAGGGCAUAUUCUGAACAAGUAAAGAUAUGCAUUGAAGUAGGUUUAAGUUGUGUGCAGGAGGAUCGGCAGGAAAGGCCAACUAUACAGGAUAUUCUGCCGAUAUACUGAAUGAGACAGAAACUACGUGUACUUAUGCGGUAAGAAAGUACUUGUUGUCUUACUUGGUGCGAAUUGAUCACUAUUUACAUAGUAGCU